AUCUCCUGCAGCUCCUCGUAUACUCCAACGGACGGCCAGCCACCAAAUAUUCUCACCCUGCCGCUGGCUCGUGCUGCCCUGCCUGUGCCUCUAACGCGUGCGCGUCGAUUCUCAAGUGCCUGCACCAAGUUACAUUUCUCGCAUUGACGCAGACCCAGGCGGCCAUGCCUCGCAAUAAGCACCGUCUAUACAUCGCCCUCCACCAUCGCAACUCAAAGCCAGGAUUCCACUUCGCUCUCAUGCUCUCACCCAAGCAAGAAACUCGCGACACCUCUGUCCACGACUUCCAUAUCUACCACACCAUCAACACCAUCCAGUCAGGCGUCAAAUUCAACCUCAAUGGCAUGCCAGAAUGGCGGUACGAACACAAAGCCGUGAAUGGUCUCCGAGAAGGUACGGUCAUAGGAAGGGUGCUCAUCGCAAAGCUGCCUGCACACGAACCGUUGGUCAUGCAGGCAGAGCACAUACAUACUAUCCUUGCGCAAGUGCCGCUUGUGCAGAAUGAUACACAGUGGGAUUGCCGAGUGUGGAUGAUUGAGGCAUUAGCCGCGCUGCGAGCCAAAGGGGGUGACUUCAGCACAAUCCCGGAAGUGAUAAAUGGAGGCCAGAUGGAGGGCGAAAUAAAGGCGUUCGGCGAUAUGGCCAAGGACACUGUUUUGAAGGGGCCAGGCCCGUUGCCCGGCUGCGCUAGCGAUCUGCCGCAUAUCGACAUGAGAGUUCGUAAAAAAUGAGAGGUGCCAGAUACCAUCUACAAGAAGCUAUGUGCCCGCUUGUGCCCGCCGUAAUACUUUCGUAGCAAGAUGAUCACGUUCACCGUGUGGAUAGUGCAUACCCCGAGUCGACUCAAUCUAUCUAGCAACAAGUGACAAUAAGUAAAUAUUAUGAUUAUUUUCCUUUGUACUUUCCCUGGAG